CCAUUCGACAGACUGCCAAAGUAAUUGAUGGGAAGUCGAUUGCUGAUGAAAUUAGACUAGGAAUUACCAGUGAAGUAAGCAGGAUGAAGAAAUCCACUGGGAAGGUUCCUGGCUUAGCUGUAGUUUUGGUGGGUCAAAGAAAGGACUCUCAGACUUAUGUUCGCAACAAAACAAAAGCUUGUGAAGAGGCUGGAAUGAAAUUUGUGAUUACCGAACUGCCUGAUAACUGUACAGAAAUACAAGUUUGUAAUGCUUUGUCAAGUUAUAAUGAGAAUCCAUCAAUUCAUGGUAUUCUUGUACAGCUUCCUCUGCCACAGCAUUUGGACGAGGGCAAGGUUUUGGAUCUGCUGAGGCUGGAAAAAGAUGUGGACGGCUUCCAUCCUCUGAACAUGGGGAAUCUAGCAAUGAGGGGAAGGGAACCGUUGUUCAUUCCUUGUACUCCAAAAGGUUGCAUUGAGUUGCUGCUCAGGUCGGAUGUGAAAAUAAUGGGGAAGAAAGCUGUUGUGAUUGGGAGGAGCAACAUUGUUGGGUUACCUGCAUCCUUGCUAUUGCAGAGGCACCAUGCUACAGCAACCUUAGUGCAUGCAUUCACAAAGAAUCCAGAGCAGGUCACCCGUGAAGCAGAUAUUGUGCUCACAGCAGUGGGAGUGCCAAAUCUAGUCCGUGGCUCCUGGCUAAAGCCCGGUGCAGUUGUUAUUGAUGUUGGAACAUAUCCAGCGGAGGAUUCCAAUAACGAGCAUGGCUACCGUCUCAUGGGAGAUGUCUGUUAUGAAGAAGCAGUGAACGUAGCUUCGGCAAUCACCCCUGUGCCCGGGGGAGUGGGACCUAUGACAAUUGCCAUGCUGCUCUCCAACACUCUUGAAUCUGCCAAGCGUGCACUCAACUUUGCAUGACAAGUACUCGUGUUUCUGCAAGGGUUAUACGAGUCUAUGCUUCAUCGUGUGAUAAACAUGUACAUUUGGCAACUGUGUUGUACGGGCGCACAAGCUUGCCUGCAAGUAAUCCCACCUCAAACUUCGAUCUCGUGAUAAAUCUGCUCAAACUUCCAUCUUCAGGAUAAGUCAUGCGCUUUAAAUAGUUUAUAAUCGGAUUUUAGGACAACAGGAUAGAUCUCAGUUCUGUCCACUCAUUCAUGCGUCUUGAUUAUUAGAUGCCAAACUGGGUAACGACAUGGGAGAACCGGGCUUUUCCUAAGAAUCACUACAGUUUUCCCACUGCCUUUUAUGGUUGUUUGCACCAACAAUCUCCUCCAUUUACCAACCAAAUCUCUCGGUUUUAAAGCAAUAUAUUGGAAGCAGCUGUAGGUCAUAGUACAUAAGAAGGCGAGGGCGGAUUUUCAGUCUCUGUUCUGAAUCAGAUACAUAUAGUUUCUCGGGACAAUAUUGAUAAAGGG